AUGAAUGCUGGUCCAGGAUAUAGUAAUAGUAACAUUAUAAAGAAUCAAAUUGGUAGUGAACAUGAUGUUAAUGUUAAUCAUGUACAAAGUCCUCUAAGGUCUACUUCCAAAUAUGCUUUCUCACCAUGGUUUCAUGGCAAAAUUUCGAGAGAAGAUGCCGAGAACUUGUUACGUCCGAGAUCUGACGGCCUUUUCCUAAUAAGAGAAUCAACAAACUUCCCUGGCGAUUACACUCUUUGUGUUUGUUUCCAAUCAAAAGUCGAGCAUUACCGAAUUAAAUCAAAUAGUGGGAGACUGACCAUUGAUGAUGAAGAGUUCUUUGACAACUUAGAUGACCUAAUAGAACAUUACAAAAAUGAUGCCGAUGGGUUGUGUACAAAACUAGAAAAACCAUUGCCCAAAGAAAAUGACUCCUUAUUUUCCAAUGUGAGCAAGCCCACUGUAAAGGAGGGAGAUGAGUUAUUCGUCAUUCCUGAACAGGAACUUAUGAUUCGCGAGUCCAUAGGUAAAGGUGAAUUUUGCGAGGUUAUGCUUGGUAAAUGGAAGAACAACAAAGUAGCCGUCAAAGUAUUGAAAGAUUCUAGUGAAGCAGAAGCGAUUUUGAUGAAAUCACUUCAUCAUGAAAACUUAGUUAAUUUAUUGGGCAUAGUGAGAAAGAAAGACCAGAUCUACCUAGUGACGGAAUAUAUGAGCAAGGGAAGUCUCGUCGAUUAUCUGAGGUCCAGAGGUCGGCAGCAUGUGACCAAGAAGGACCAGAUCAACUUUGCUUUCGACACGAGCUCAGGAAUGGAAUAUCUGGAGAAGAUGCACGUGGUUCAUAGGGAUCUGGCUGCCAGGAAUGUUUUGAUAGCGGAGAAUGGCAAAGCCAAAGUGUCCGAUUUCGGGUUGGCCAGAAACGAGAAGAAUGCGACGUCUGAGUCUGCCAAAUUGCCAAUCAAAUGGACUGCACCUGAAGCUCUCAAGCAAAACAAAUUUUCAAACAAGUCUGAUAUGUGGAGUUUUGGUAUCCUUCUAUGGGAAAUCUAUUCAUUUGGUAGAGUUCCAUAUCCCAGGAUACCUUUGGCAGAUGUUGUCAAACACGUCGAAAAAGGUUACAAUAUGGAAGCUCCAGAAGGUUGUCCACCAGAAGUCUAUGAAAUCAUGAGACAGGCAUGGGAUUUGAAUCCAGACAAGAGACCAAAUUUCCAGGAAGUGAAAACCAAACUGGGCCAACUGAAACAACAGACGAUGUUGUGA